UCCUCCUCCCUCACUGUGCGCUCUGGGUCUUGCCUUGGACGAACUGCGGAGGAACGCUGGAUCAUCAAAAGUUCGCCGAAUUGCGUUAGAGGUACCGGGCGUGGGGGUCGGAGAGGUUCGGUGUUUGUUUGUCGAGGAACUGGGGUAGCGUGUUUUGUAGUCUUUAGUAUUCUUGCAUUUUAAUCAUGGAGGCUUUCAGAGGUCUCCUUGCGCUGCUGUGCGUUUUCCUGGCUGGUGCGCAAACGGCGAAUCAGAGACACAGGUUUGCGGAGUGUCCAGUUGACCUUUUCUUCGUCCUGGAUACAUCUGAGAGUGUGGCCCUCAGACAGAAACCUCCUGACUUUUACAUUGGCCAGAUCAAAGAAUUCACCAUGCGCUUCAUAGAUGAACUCAAGGACAUGCGCCACCGAUGUGACCGCACCUUGACAUGGAACUCAGGAGCGCUGCACUACAGUGACGAAGUUAUCGUUGUGCGAGAGCUCAGUGAACUGAGCACUGAUCGCCAGGCCCUGAAGGAUGACAUUAAUAAAAUUAAAUACAUCGGCAAGGGCACGUACACUGACUGUGCCAUCAAGAGGGGCCUCGCUGAGCUGCUUGUUGGGGGUACUCACUACCAUGAGAACAAGUACAUUGUGGUAGUGACUGAUGGCCAUCCUGUUACUGGUUACAAAGAGCCAUGUGGAGGAGUGCAGGAGGCUGCUAAUGAAGCCAAGCAUCAUGGAGUCAAAGUGUUCGCUGUCGCCAUCUCACCUGACCAGGAGGACACCAGACUGUCACUCAUUGCCACAGACCACAACUAUAGACAGAACUUCACCGCUGCAGACGAGGCCAGGUCCACCAAGAUGGGAACUAUUCAAACAAUCAUUAACAUGAUCACCAACGAGACAAAGGAUGCGUGUUGCUCUUUCGACUGCACUGCUCCAGGAGGGCCCAAAGGACCAGAUGGAGACACUGGCUCUAGGGGCAGAGUUGGUGAUCCUGGUCCUGUUGGUUACAGUGGAAUGAAGGGAGACCGUGGUGGGAGGGGAGAAAAGGGUGAAAAAGGUCGCAUAGGCUUCAAGGGAGACAAAGGUCGAGGGGGAAACGAUGGAAUUGAUGGACGCAAGGGUGAACCUGGUUUCCCAGGUCUUUCCGGCUGUAAAGGAUCUCCUGGAUCAGACGGCCACCAGGGAGAGCCUGGACCAAAGGGAGACCCUGGUUCUUAUGGCCAAAAAGGAGCAAAGGGAGAUACUGGGAGAGACGGUGAACCAGGAAGACCUGGAAACUAUGGCCAGCUGGGGCCUCAGGGCGAUCGGGGCCCUCCUGGAGCCAAUGGGGACAAAGGGGAGCGUGGUGAUGAUGGUGCACCUGGACAGGAUGGACCCCGUGGCGAAAGAGGACAAGCUGGAGAGAAGGGGGAGCAAGGUUCCCGUGGAAACAGAGGUCCAAGAGGAGAACCAGGGGAGCCAGGACCCCGUGGAGAGCAGGGGAGGGAGGGCUCAGCUGGCCUCAACGGAGCCCCUGGUGAGGCUGGUAAGCCCGGGCCUCCUGGCUACAGAGGAGAUGAGGGCCCAAUUGGACCAGAGGGACCCAAAGGACCAAGAGGAAUCAAAGGAGCUCCAGGAGACAGAGGCCAGAUAGGCGAGAGGGGAGGGGAUGGUGUUCCAGGGAAUGGCACUGCAGGUUGUCCUGGUUUCCAGGGUUAUCCUGGCCCCCGUGGUGAUCCUGGUGAGCCGGGUGGCAAGGGAACCCCUGGACCCAAAGGAGAUGAUGGAGAGCCUGGGGAUCCAGGCCCUGAUAACAAUGACCUUGGACCUCCAGGACCUAAAGGGGCCAAAGGUCACAGAGGACCCGAGGGUCAACUGGGACCUCCUGGGCCUCCUGGACCACCAGGAACUGAUGAAUGUGAAAUUCUGGAUAUCAUCAUGAAGCUCUGCUCUUGUUGUGAGUGUAAGUGUGCUCCUCUAGACCUGGCGUUCAUUGUGGACAGCUCAGAGAGUAUCGGUGAAGAAAACUUUCGCCUUGCCAAAGACUUUAUCAUCACUGUCAUAGACAGACUGAUCAAAGAUCAGCACGUCAAGUUUGCAGCUAAUGAAUCUGGGGUGAGUGUAGUCCAGUACAGUGGAUCGAAAGCCCAAGAAAUUGUCCGACUGGGUUUCAACACUAACAACCUCCACGAUUUUAAAGAGGCAGUGAGAGGCUUGCGCUGGCUGGCUGAGGCCACAUACACAGGCGAGGCCCUUGAUUUUGCUCUGACCAGAACAAUUAAGCUGAUGAAGAAAGAGAACCGAGUCGUUCUCGUUCUCACUGAUGGACGCUCUGAUAUUACCAGGGACAGAGUUCCCCUCAAUGUACUCUGUGGUCAAAACCUAAACGUGGUUGGUUUAGGAGUGAAGGACUACUCUGGCCGUGAGCCCAACCCAGAGCAGAUUGGAGACCUAGCCUGUAAGAGUGACCCCAAACCCGGCAUUUCCUUAGUCCUGGAGAACUUUGCUGAGCUGCUGAAUGACGCCUUCCUGCAGAACCUCACAUCCACAAUUUGUCAAGCUAAGAAAUGCCCAGACUACAAAUGUCCCAUAUCUUUCAGGGCAGGUGCUGAUAUUUUGAUGAUGAUGGACAGCUCGGCCAGCGUAGGCCAGAAGAACUUUGAGAUAAGCAAGGCCUUUGUCCGCCACAUGGCCGAUCGUUUCCUGACUGCAGAGAAACAGAGAGGUGCCACGGUCAGAGUGGGUGCGGCCCAGUACAGUCGAAACGCCAACCUGGAGCAGGGGCUGACUACCAAUUUGACCCUGCUGUCUCAACGCAUUGAAGAGGCAGCCUUCCAGAAUGAUGGCACCAAUGUGUUAGAGGCCAUGCAGUUUGCCAUUACAACUUUACGUGGCCGUGGGGAUGCAUCGGGAGGCACCAAGAAGCUGGUGCUGUUCUCUGAUGGCAGGUCUCAGGCUGUCACCCAGCCUGUGCUGGAGAAGCGUGUACGCGAGGUGGCGGAUGCUGGUGUGGAGCUCUUUGUCAUCGCUGUUGGCAACCAGGUCAAUGAGGUCAACCUGCGCACACUGGUAAGCAAGGGGCGGCCGGACAACAUGACCUAUGCCCAGCGCCACCUGUUCCGUGUCUCAGACUACCCAUCCCUGCUUCGCGGGGUCUUCUACCAAACCGUCUCCCGCAGGGUGUCCAUGCCUUAAAUGUAGGGCUUCAAACAACAGGACCAACAUGCUUUAGAUUUUUAGUCCCAUUAUAAAUAUUCAGUCUCACACAUUUACCAUACACUGUGUUCAAAUACUUUGUAAUAAAGAAAAAGAAAAAGUGUCACAAAACGACAAAUGAUUGUGUGGCAGAUAAAUGGAAAUAUUUUCUUGAAAUGUCCAUGGGACUUUUUUACCCUGAGCUGAGCCUCCCGCGUUGACCAUAUCAGCCUGUGUACAAAUUCCACCACCUACUAUGCUUCAUUCGUUAUCCCAUAACUGAAGUGCUGGUGCUAAACUAUUUUAGAAUUUAGAGCUUGUCAUGACAGUGUACAGUUGGAAGUUAUUUCUGCCUGGGAGGAACAGUUCAGGGUGAUAAAAUCCCAUUUCAAAAGGAGCCACUUCAGUCCUGGAACGCCAUCAGAAAUGGCCACAGUGAAACUUGUUUCUAGUGUUCAUAAGCAUUGGGCUGAUUUACAACUCAGGAUUCCUGUAUCACUACUUCAGCUAACUAAUGCACAUCAAGGCUACACUCUUGUCUCACCAGGACUGGAACUCCUGCCAUCUGAUGGAUUGUUUAGGGUCAUAUGUGGACUCAUGUUUGUAGUUCUUACCACUUUUUCAAGUGGUGUCGGAUGUGCACACCAUAAGAACACAAAUUAACCCAUGAAAGCUGUGAAUCAAACACUUACAAAUACAAAAUCUGGGGUGGGUGCCUGCUGUGUCUCAUGAUUGGCCAGUCAACUUUUUUUUAGUGCCAAUGUAAUGCAUAUUGGAAAAGUCAGCUGUAAAAUUGAUUAUGUAUUCCCAACUUGGUGAAACUCCCAUCCGACAUCACUUGAAAGCCCGAUUAGAUCACCAAACCGACAGGGCAAACAGGAUGUGACAUCAAACAAAACCCAUAAGCACCUGGUACUAAUGUGGGCAUGACAGCUGAACUCAACAUAUGUAUUCUGUCAGAGUGUGUAUCAGCAUGUGUGUGUGGGGACCUAUGUGUGUACAUCGUUUACCUGAUGUGAUUUUUAAAAAUGUUUAUGUGUAGCUUUGGGCAAUUGCUCCAUAAACAGAUGUGCAGGGACCUCUGGAUCAAAUGUCAGAAUGACAGAAACCUGUUCCUUAGACCUCUGUCAAACACACACACACACACACCUUUGUACUCCAUUUGUGAGGUAAAGGAAAACAUCUGUCCUGGUUGAAGGCUGGAAAGAAAACCUAAUGGGACUCACACUAAGAGUCUCUCACACCAACACACUCACAGAAAACACACACACCUUUUAGAUCCUCUUGUUUGUAAAGUCCACACCCGGGAUUUUGUUGUCAUCGGUGGCCCAGAGUCACUGUACUGUUGCUAUUAUCUGUGGUGCUAUUAGUCUCAGUGUAUCAGCCUCUACCCAUGUUGUUAAAGAAGAUUUUUUCUACCUGAGGAUACACAUCUUCAGUAGCGUUAUAAGAGCUCCUUCAAUAAAGGUUGCUACACUAGAGUGUCUCGACUCACUUUUGUCCAUACUGACACACAGACAAAACAGACAUGCAAA